GGUCCGGAUCUCUUUGUUGUGGUUGCAGCUGCUGCCCUCGUUACGCACCGAGCCGCUUCUCUCGCCGCGCCGUAAACCGGAGCCGGAGCUGUCCGGUGAUCAGUCCGACCGGGAUCCGGGACGCGGGAGCAUCGCUGCGUGCGCGACGUCCGACAGACGGCGGAGAGAUCAGCCCGGAAAAGACGUGGAGGACGGACGGAUGGCGGGGAUGCUGCCGCUGCUUCCACCGCGGACACACCGGACCGCCUCCUGAACACUCCUCCAUCUGCAGCGGACUUUCUGCGGGACUCGGCGUGCGGGCGGCCGGGCUGCUUCCUGCCGGAUUAACGCUCCACCGUUUGCGCGUCUUUCCACCUGAACACGUCGGAGCGGCUUCGUACGUCUGGAGGUCGGAGCGCCACCGGCACCAUCAUGCUGCCAGGCCCUGGGAGGUGUGACGGGCGUCCCGGCGCCGCUGUCCGGUACCUGCUGUCCGCCUGCCUGCUGUCCCUGCUGCUCUACCUGCCGGAGGCUCGGGCGUCUUAUUACCCCCAGAGCGGAGAGUGCAAAGGCAAAGGGAAGGACUGCACAGAUCUGUCGGAGAAGAAGAGCGACCUGAGGGUCUGUGACGACUCCACCUGCAGGUUCGGAGGCGUCUGCAGAGACGACGGAGCUCAACUCAAGUGUGUUUGUCAGUUCCAGUGCCACAAAAACUACAUCCCGGUGUGCGGCUCUAAUGGAGACACCUACCAGAACGAGUGCUACCGGCGGCAGGCGUCCUGCAAACAGCAGCGCCUCAUCUCCAGGGUGUCGGACGGACCGUGUUCAGCCGAUCCCGGUUCUGGUUCAGGAGACGGAGACGAUGACGAAGGUUCAGGCUCUGACGCUGGGAAGAAGUUCACCAAGUGCAGCACAUGUAAAUAUGGAGCCGAGUGCGACGAAGACUCGGAGGACGUCUGGUGCAUAUGUAACAUCGACUGCAGUGGCCACAACGAGAACCCGGUCUGCGCCACCGAUGGGAACUCCUACAACAACCCCUGUCUGGUCCGAGAGGCGUCGUGCAUGAAGCAGGAGCAGAUCGACGUCAAGCACCUGGGCAGGUGUCCCGCCGAUAAAGAAAAACUGGGGAAGAAAGACGACAGCAGCCCUUUCAAAGUAAAAGUCCUGGAAACCACCGGUCUGGACCACGGAGACGGAUUCUACGCCGGCAUGCCGAUCCCCUGCGCCGACAGCUACGCCGGAUUCUGUGUUCACGGAAAAUGUGAGAUCAAAUACAACAUGGCGACCUGCAGAUGCGAUGCCGGAUACAAAGGUUCUCAGUGCGACGAGCCGCAGGACUUCAACAUCCUCUACGUGGUUCCCAGCGGUCAGAAGCUGCACUACGUCCUCAUCGCCGCCAUCAUCGGCGCCGUGCAGAUCGCCAUCAUCGUCGCCGUGGUGAUGUGCAUCACAAGGAAAUGUCCAAAAAACAACAGAGGCCGCCGGCAAAAACAGAACCUCGGACACUUUUCUUCGGACACUAACUCCCGGAUGGUAUAGCCGCCACGUUGGCUGCUGGUUCUUUUGAUAAGUUUUUUCUUACGGCGCGGGGAAAUACCAUUUUUUUAACCGUAGGUGUGGUAAUAAUUUCAUUUUUGUUUUUUGUCUCCUGGGAAAACCAUUUAAAAAGAAGAAUAUUUAUUUAAGGGGCCUUAUUUUCCCUCUUUUUUUGUUUCGGAUGGAAUUUCUGCGCAUUUAUUUUGCGCGAUUAUUUUUAAUUUUUUUUCCAAUUUCAAAGAACAAGGAGCCGGAUCAACAGAACCACGUCUGCCGUCUUAAUUCCUUUUAACUGCUUCUUUAGAGGUUUUGCUAAACUGGCUAACAGAGUAACAUUGGCCCCCGUGGAAUGUGUAUUUAUUGAAAUUUCUUUGCCUCCCGCUGUUUUUUUAUUUGUUUUUUAACUACUAAUGUGCAGCUGAUCACCAAAUGCAGUUUGUUUUUAAUGUUCUGUUGAAGGAGUGUCGGGGCCAGCCAGUCGUUUAUCCUUUGCUAUGAAAUUCCAUGUAAAGACUUCACUGUGGUUUAAAACGAGCUAAUAAUUUAUUAUUCUUUUCUUGAGGGUAGUUUUUACUCGAGGUCUUUAUGUUUAACUUCCGUUCUGAAUUCUAGUUCCUGUAUAUUCGCAUGACUUGUGAAAACUGUGUACUGUGGUUGUAGUUUAAACUUUUUAAAGGAAAGGCCGUCGACGCCUCCUCGGACGGACGGAUCAACCGAGGACUCUGAGGGAGGGAAGGUGUUAUUCAGUGUUUAAAAAUGGAAUGUAUAAGGCUUUGGAAACCAGUCUGCAGGCUUUAACUCUGGAGUGGAGCCACUGGCGCUUCGAUCAGGAGCAGAUUAGUGUCGAUUGUAAGACUUAGAGGCAGGAAUGUUUCAGCAUCUUCGUUUGUAAAUCUCAAGUCGGCUGUUUGGGGGUUUGGAAGGACUGCAAAUCAACUCUCUGUCAUGUUUUUUAAUUGGAAGAAGUCUUGGUUGCUGGUGAUGGUUGUGAUUAAGGACUUUUCUUUGAAUGUGAGAGAAUAAUUUUGUCUUUUUUGUUUGUUUUGCAUUUGGGCCUCAGCUGGAGUUUUCGGCACUCAGAAUCCCACAAGAAAACCAACAGUGAUCCAGUAUAGUGCAUUUAAAACACAAUCCCAACCCCUUUGUCUUCUAGUAUGAAGAUGAGAUAAAGGUCUUACAAGUACUAGAUGUAUUUCCAUAACAUUUUUAGUACAGUUACGUUACAAAAAAUCCUUUAAAAAAGUCAAAUAUUAAAAAAGUACCACAAUUUCCCCAGAAAAACUGUUGCUCUGGUUGGUUUUUCAGUUUAAUGCACUUCAUGGGAAAUGGAGACGUUUUCUGAAAAGGUUGUGACUUUUGUUUUGUUGUUGACUUCUUUUGUUGUCUUUGUCUCCGGACAUCAUAAAACACGAUCGAUACCAGCUGACAUGAAACAAUAUGUACAACUUUACGAAAUAAGAAUAAUUCCUCAAGACAUUGUUCCAAUUUUCUGUUGUUUCCUCUUCAACUAGUUUUGUUAACUAGUUUGUAGGCAACAGCGCCCCCUUCUGGUUACCAUACAGAACCUGGUUAAUUUAGCCCCAAAGCUACAUGCUAGCUAAUGUAAUUCAGAUUUAAAAACACGUUUCAGUAAUUUAAGUCUAUUUGUGUGCCAGUAUUUGGAAGCCUUGAGGCCAGUUCUUGGUUUCCACAUUUACAAAGUCUUGGAGGCUCAUUUUGUUUCCGUUUCUGAAUAUUUCUACUCCAAAUUGGGGUCAGAUUGUUGUGAAGCGGUUGCACGUAUUGUUUUCAAAACAGUUCCACAGAUAACCAAAGCUAAAAAUCAGGUUGUGGUCCACAUUCAACUGUUUUGCCACAAAUUGUAAGAAAGUUUGAACGUAACUUACUGCCUUCUUAUCCAAAAUUUAACUUUGGCGAUCUGAAACUGGACUCUUUUUGGCUUUUUCACAUUCACUGCUAACAGGUUUAAAUGAUUUUACAGCGAAUGAAUCAAUCUGUUUCAGUCAAUCACAAACAAACCCUGACCCACGUCCUCAAACACACGGUACAGAUAAACGUGGAGGCGUCCUCAAGCUUAAAUUGGUGUAAAACUCUUCAGUACAAUGUGUAACUUAUUCAACAGUUAGCCAGCCAGAUUCAAGCUAGCUGCUGUUUUCAUGUGUCCAAUUUUAGCUCGAUGUCCAACCACACAUUCCACAUGAAUAAAUUAGCAGUUGAAAGUAUUUUGAUGUGAUCAUAAACUAAUUGUGCUGCUCAGAGCUGUUGAGCUAACGUUACCUAUGCUAGCUAGCCCGCUAACAGAGGUAGAAGGGCACUAAAAUAACUCUUAACCUUCAGGGGAAGUUCCUGUAAUUUGGCUUAAUUGCAGAUUAAUCUCUAAUAGUUAGUUGUGCAGUGGAAGGGGAGGUUAGAGAGGAACUACCAACGAGCGACACCAGAUUUGUGAAACCUUUGAGGCCGUGCUGAGGUCCAAACUGCGAGUUCAGGGAGGUUUGUCGUCUCCGUAUGUUUGUAACUUUGAUUUUCUGUUCGUCUUUAGUCUGGACAUUUGCAGGUCGUAGUUGAACCUUCACCCAAACCCGAGCGACGUGUUUCUACUUGUUGUCGACCAUCGCAGCCGUGACUUCUCUAAAUGUGACUAGAAUGUGUUUGACAUGUUAAUAUUCUGCAUGUAGACGCUGAGAGGCUACUUUUGGUCUCGGACAAAAUAAAAAAAUGUUUUUUUAAUGUA